AUGGACCCAUCUAUUAUGAAGAAGCUCCUUGAAGACGAUGAGGAUGAAACCAUGCAUUCAGGGGCCGAUGUGGAGGCCUUCCAGGCCGCUCUGAACAGGGACAUUGAAGGAGAUGUGUCUGUUUCGCAGCCGUCUGAUUCUGACUCCGCGGUUUUGUCUCAAGGAAGCAAUAACACUUCUAGUCAGUCAUUACCGCAGUUCCAUACUGCUAGUCAGGAUGAAAACACAGCUUGUCAAACGCAACAUGACCAAAAAAUUGCACAACAGCGAGAAAUGCAUUCAUAUGAAAUGGAGCUAAAGCAAUAUGGGUCCGUUGCUGAGAAUAUACAACAAAAAAAGGAUGCCUCACAUGAAUUUAAUCAAUUUCCUUUGCCCCAGAAGCAACCCCAAGGUGAUCUUCAACAAGGGCAGGCAGAGCAGAAACCCCUCCAUAAACCUGAAACAGCUGGAAUACCGAUUUCUGGGAAAAUUCCAAUCUCAAAACAUGAGCAGGACAUAACACCUACUCCAGAAAGCGAAUCUCAGUACUUAAAGCUUCAGAAGAUGAGUAGUCAACAGGCAAUGAUCCCGGAGCAGCCAAGCAACCCGAUGAAUCGCAGUAAACAAGUACCAUUUGGCCUGUUACUCCCUGUCUUAUUGCCCCAGCUUGAUAAAGACAGAGCCAUGCAACUUACUACUCUAUUUGGUAAACUGAAGAACAACGAAAUCUCUAAGGAUGCUUUUGUCCGGCACAUUCGAAGUGUUGUUGGGGACCAGAUGCUCAAAUUGGCAGUAAUGAAAGUACAAUCACAGCCUGGUCCUAAACACCAGUUACCACCUCAGGCUUCAGUGCAGCAACAACCUCCUAGGAUGCCAUCUAUUAGUGUAGGUUCUUCACCGUUCACUGAUCCUCGCUCAUUUGCACUUCAUCAGAGAGGCACCAACCCUCCCACAGACCCAUCACAGAUUCCCUCUUCAGCAGUUCAAGUGCAGUCUGAUUCAAGCCAUUCAGUCAUCGAAAACAGUGCUAAAAAACUGCGGGAGGCAGAACGUCAGUCAGACUCUCAUGGAAUGCAAGGAAGUCAAAUGCCUUCUUCUAGUGCGGUAGCUGGCAAUCAAGAAAGGGAGCGCUCCACAGGCCCUCCACAAAUCCUUAAUAAGCAGCAGCAACAACAACAGUUGCACUAUCCACAAUCAUCCUUUGCCAUGUAUGGAAGUACUGGUGGUAAUUAUCACCCGUAUUCAGCAACAAGUAUCAAUACCUCCACAGUGCCUCUAAAACAGCAACCUCAUGAUUCGCAACUGAGGCAAAUUCCACAACAUCAAGGCAUGGGUUCAACUCAGUCAGGUGGGGAACCACAGGGUGUGACUAAUGUGUCCAAAUUGGAGAGGCAAAAUUCUCUGAACGACCCUAGUAGACUGCAGGGUGGAUCUGUUUCUCACUUUACAAAUAAUUCAAAUUUACAACAGAAUUCAGUUCCUUGGCAGUCCUCAAAUAAGGAGCAGAAUCCCGGUCCUGUGUCAUCAAUGUCUUAUGUAAAACAGGAACCAAUUGAUCAGACUGCUGAGCAGCAGCAGAAGCCCCCCAUUAUCUAA